AUGACAAGCACUAUGGAGUUAUCUUUUGAAGAGUUAAAGUUGUUGGUCUUUAAUGAUGAUAUACAUUCUAUUGGCAAUAGAUGGAAUUGGAAAAGGAAGGUUGCUGUAGGAGUUGCUACUGUUGUGCUCAGUGCAGUUUCUGUAGGCAUUGCUUUCUACAUCUACUAUUAUUGCAGAAAGAAGAAAAAUAAUGUUCAUGCAAUAUCAUUUACUGCACUAUCUCACUGUGCUUCUGGUUCUGGUUCAAAAGUCACUGAAAAGGGAGGUAGAUACUGUGGAGUCCAUUUCUUCACCUAUACUGAACUUGAAAAGGCCACAAACAACUUUGAUUCUACAAGAGCACUAGGAGAUGGAGGCUUUGGCACAGUAUACUUUGGAAAACUCCGUGACGGGCGUUUGAUUGCGGUGAAACUCAUGUUGACCAUCCCUGAAUCACCUCGUUGGUUGUUCCACAUCAAAUGA